GGAACGUCCUUUCCUUCCUUCCGAGUAGACAGAGAGGGAAGGCGGUCUGGGGAGAAAACUUGGUCGAGGCUGAUGCAAGGACAGGAGAGAGAGAGAGAGAGACAGAGAGAGAGAGAUUUCCUUGGUGUGAGCAGUGGGAUGCAAAUGCCUGGAGACUGACCAGUGAGGAUUGUGGACCGCUCCCUCUCGAACCCUGCUGUGCCACAUCUAAGGUCAGAAGGGCCUCUGAUGCCCAAAGCUGAUGUUGCCUCCUGGCUUGAAGAAAAAGAAAAACUAUUCUGGCAGUGAAUGGGCAGGAGAAGGAGAAGGAUUGAGAGCCAUCUGCAGCGUCACUGGAAAGAAGUAUAACAUGGUGAAAUGAAUGAUUGGAAGUGAAAGGGAUUUAAAAGACAUGAGGGAAAUCAGUCUAAGAUUCAGAUGAAGAAAUCCUCUACUCCUUAGGGUGUUGACAUCUAUGAAUGCCUGAUCCAGUAAAGAGACCUCAAGGAAAACAGAAGGGAAAAACGUCCAGUGUGAGGGGGAAACAUCAAAUAUAAAUUGACGCCACAGAAUUCACACAAGGAGAAAACAUGUAAAUGAAUGGAGUGUAGGAGGAGCUUGAGUCACAGUCCUGGCCUAAUUGAGCAUAAAGGAAUCCAUAUGAGGGGAAUUAAUAUGCAUCAAUUAAAUGCAUGAAGUGUGCAAAGGGCUUCAGUCAUAGCGAAAGCUGUAUUUUACAUCAGAGAAUCCGCAAAGGAGUGAAACUGUUGAGUAGGGAAAGUCCUUCGGUGACAGCAGAAAACUUAUUUUGCAUCAAAAAACCCAUACAGGGAAGAAGCCAUGCAAACUUGUGGAAUGUGUAAAAAGCUUCAGUCAUUACAGACUUUAUGACGAAUAGUCAUUACAGGGGUCUAGCCAUUUAAAUGUGUGCAGUGUGGAAAGCAUUUUCCUCAUAGCGAUAACUUCACUGCAUAUCAAAGAACCCACACAAAGAUGAAGGCAUAUAAAUGUAUGGAGUGUGGAAAGAGCUUCAGUCGUAGAGCUGUUCUUACUUCACAUGAAAGAACCCACACAGGGGUUAAACCACAUGAAUGUGUGGAGCGUGGAAAGAGUUUCAGUCGUAGUGACAGCACUACUUUACAUCAAAGAACCCACACAGGGGUGAAGCCAUAUGAAUGUGUGGAGUGUGGAAAGACCUUCAGUCAAAGCAGAAAACUUAAUUUACAUCAAAGAAUCCAUACAGGGGUGAAACCACAUAAAUGUGUGGAGUGUGGAAAGAGCUUUCAUUCUAGUACACAACUUACUUCACAUCAAAGAACCCACACACGGGUGAAGCCAUAUGGAUGUGUGCAGUGUGGAAAGAGCUUCAGUCAAUAUGUACAACUUUUUCACCAUGAAAAAACCCACACAGGGGUGAAGCCAUUUAAAUGUAUGGAAUGUGGAAAGAGUUUCACUCGCAGGGAUGUCCUUACUAUACAUCAAACAACCCACACGGGGAUGAAGGCAUAUAAAUGUAUGGAGUGUGGAAAGCGCUUUAGUCAGAGUAGUGCCCUUACGUUACAUCACAGAAUCCAUACAGGGGUGAAACCACAUAAAUGUGUGGAGUGUGGAAAGAGCUUCCGUUUGAGUAGCCAUCUUACUUCACAUCAAAGAACCCACACAGGGGUGAAGCCAUAUGAAUGUGUGGAGUGUGGAAAGAGCUUCAGUCAAAGUGCAACCCUUAGUGUACAUCAAAGAAUCCAUACAGGGGCAAAACCACAUAAAUGUGUGGAGUGUGGAAAGAGCUUCCGUUUGAGUAGCUAUCUUACUUCACAUCAAAGAACCCACACAGGGGUGAAGCCAUAUGAAUGUGUGGAGUGUGGAAAGAGAUUUAGUCAAACAGGAACCCUUCAUGUACAUCUAAAAACCCAUGCAAAGGUGAACCCAUAUGGAUGUGUGCAAUGUGGAAAGAGCUUCAGUGAAUAUGGACAACUUUUUCACCAUGAAAAAACCCACACAGGGGUGAAGCCAUUUAAAUGUAUGGAAUGUGGAAAGAGUUUCACUCGCAGGGAUGUCCUUACUAUACAUCAAACAACCCACACGGGGAUGAAGGCAUAUAAAUGUAUGGAGUGUGGAAAGCGCUUUAGUCAGAGUAGUGCCCUUACGUUACAUCACAGAAUCCAUACAGGGGUGAAACCACAUAAAUGUGUGGAGUGUGGAAAGAGCUUCCGUUUGAGUAGCCAUCUUACUUCACAUCAAAGAACCCACACAGGGGUGAAGCCAUAUGAAUGUGUGGAGUGUGGAAAGAGCUUCAGUCAAAGUGCAACCCUUAGUUUACAUCAAAGAAUCCAUACAGGGGCAAAACCACAUAAAUGUGUGGAGUGUGGAAAGAGCUUCCGUUUGAGUAGCUAUCUUACUUCACAUCAAAGAACCCACACAGGGGUGAAGCCAUAUGAAUGUGUGGAGUGUGGAAAGGGCUUCUCUCAUAGAAGUAACCUUAUUAAUCAUCAAAGAACCCACACAAUGGUAAAGCCAUUUAAAUGUAUCGAGUGUGGAAAGGGCUUCAGUCAGAGAGGAAACCUUGCUACACAUCAAAAAGCCCACAUGGGGGUAAAACUGUAUGAAUGUGUGGAGUGUGGAAAGCGUUUCACUCGUAGAGAACACCUUACUUCACAUCAAGGAAUUCAUACAGGGGUGAAGCCAUUUAAAUGUGUGGAGUGUGGAAAGAGUUUCAGACGUAGUGACAGCCUUCAUUUACAUCAAAGAAUCCACACAGGGGUGAAGCCAUAUGAAUGUGUGGAGUGUGGAAAGAUCUUUAUUGACAGCAGUACCCUUACUAAACAUCAAAGAACCCAUACAGGGGAGAAACCAUUUAAAUGUAUGCAAUGUGGAAAGAGGUUCAGUCAGAGCGGAACCCUUACUUUACAUCUAAGAACCCAUACAGGGGAUAAACCACAUAAAUGUGUGGAGUGUGGAAAGAGCUUCUGUUCUAGUGGAAACCUUACUUUACAUGAAAGAACCCACACAGGGGUGAAGCCAUAUGAAUGUGUGGAGUGUGGAAAGGGUUUCUCUCGUAGCGAUAGUCUCACUACACAUCAAAGAACCCACACAGGGGUGAGACCAUUUAAAUGUGUCAACUGUGGAAAGACCUUCAGUAAUAGAGGAGACCUUGCUAGACAUCAAAGAAUCCACACAGGGGUGAAACCAUAUGAAUGUGUGGAGUGUACAAAGACAUUCAGUCAAAGAGCACAUCUUGCUAGACAUCAAAAAACCCACACAGGUGAAACCAUAUGAAUGUGUGGAGUUUGAUGCAAAGCUGUUGCCUUAGUACACAUCAAAGAACCCACAUGGGGAUGAAUGCAUAGAAAUUAAUGGAGUGCAGAAAGAGCUUUAUUCAGUGUACUAACUUUACCAUACUUGAAAUAAUUGAUGCAGGGGAGACACCAUAUAAACGUAUGGUUUGUGGGAAGAGCUUCAAGUAUAGUGGAAAGCUUACAUCAUAGAAUCAUAGAGUUGGAAGGGGCCUGUAAGGCUAUCAAGUCCAACCCCCUGCUCAAUGCCGAAUCCAAAGCAUUCCCAAUAUAUUGCUUUCCAGCUGCCUCUUGAAUGCCUCCAGUGUCGGAGAGUCCACUACCUCUCUAGGUACUUGGUUCCAUUGUCGCAUGGCUCUAACACUUAGGUUGUUUUUCCUGAUGUUCAGUUGAAAUCUGGCUUCCUGCAACUUGAGCCCAUUAUUCCAUGUCCUGCACUCUGGGAUGAUAGAGAAGAGAUCCCAGCCCUCCUCUGUGUGACAACCUUUCCUGUUCUUGAAGAGUGCUAUCAUAUCUCUCCUCAGUCUUCUCCAGGCUAAACAUGCCCAGUUCUUUCAGUCUCCCCUCAUAGGGCUUGGCUUCCAGUCCCCAAAACAUCCUUGUUGCUCUCCUCUCAACCUGUUCCAGGUUGUCUGCAUCCUUCUUGAAGUGCGAAGACCAGAAGUGGACGCAGUACUCAAGAUGUGGCCUAACCAGUGCUUAAUAGAGGGAAACUAAUACUUCAUGCGAUUUGGAAACUGUACUUCUGUUAAUGCAGCCUAAAAUAUUAUUUACCUUUUUUGCAGCCACUUCGCACUGUUGGUUCAUAUUCAGCUUGUGAUCAAUGACAAUUCCAAGAUCCUUCUCAUAUAUCAUAUUGCUGAGUCAAGUAUCCCCCAUCUUAUAACUGUGCAUUUGGUUUCUCUUUUCUAGGUGUAGAACUUUUGCAUUUAUCCAUAUUGAUUUCAUUCUGUUGUUUUCAGCCCAGUGCUCCAGCCGAUCAAGGUCCCGUGUAAUUUUGUUUCUGUCUUCCACGUUAUUAGCUGUGCCCCCCAAUUUUGUAUCAUCUGCAAAUUUGAUAAGCAUGCUUUGUACCUCCUUAUCCAAGUCAUUAAUAAUAAUAAUAAUAAUAAUAAUAAUAAAUUUAAUUUAUGUGUCGCCUAUCUGGCCAGUGGCCACUCUAGGUGACGUACAUACAAUAAAUAUGGCAGAAUACAAUACAAAAAUACAGUGAAAUAAUAUAAAUUAUAAGAGCAAACAAUACAUAAUAGGAGGCAUUUAAAACAGAAG